AUGGACGGUGUGAUCUUAGCCUCGGACUCUAGUGAGUCUGAGGUUGAGGAUAUUUCAAUUGACGAUGUGCAGGUUUUACAGCCUCAGGAUAAUGGAGAGUACUCUGAGUACGGCAUAGGCGCGCGGUUACUCCAGCAAAUGGGAUUUGUGCCUGGUCGGGGCCUUGGUGCUAAGGAAGAUGGCCGGCGUGAUAUUGUUGAAACUAUCGGGAGAGAAGGUAAACAAGGUUUAGGAGUAGGCAUUAUUCCCAUUCAAGAGGCGUUUGAAGUUGCUGAAGAUGAGACUAGCGAUUCUGAAACCCGAGAGCUCGAGCUAAUCGUUCAAAAGAUCCAGGCCUGCAAAGCCGUCAAAAAGGAGCUGCAAAAGGAUAUAGGGGACAUUGAUCUAGAGGAUAUUUACGCAAGGUAUGGGCAGUACUGGUCUAGCAUGCCUAUUGAAGACCUGGCCAUUGUUGUUCAAAGCGAAAGAUUAAGGAGAGGGGCCAGUUUAGAGGAUAUUUAUGAAUUGAGGUUCCUGAGUGAUUCAGACUCGGUUAAAAAGAUGCUGAAAGCCAUUUGGAUCCCAGAAGUAAAGCGUAAAUGCCUUGAGUGGUCAGAUGCUACAAGCCGGUGGCUGCUGGAAUUGACCAUACGUAUUGAGACCAAGAUGCCCGAGUUCUCAUGGCUGUUGGCUGAAAUUGAGCUUAUUGUUGCCCAGACAGUGCCCCAGCAAGACGUUGUACAGUAUAUUGACGAAUGGUGGCCAGUAGAUGCACGAGCUGAACAAGUUGCAGCCACUGAAUGUUCAGCAAUUCUUCGUCGCGAAUUGACCCCUCAUCAUGAAGCAGCAAGGUACGAUGUUUUAAAACGCUGGAGAGAGCUAAACGAUGAGCUUGCUAGUGCUAUCGACGCCCUUGACGAUCAGUUUGAUGGGACGGAGAUUUGGCGCAAAGUGUACGGCCCUGAGUUUGCCACAAAGCGCAUGCUUUGGCAAGGCCAGCGUUUGAUCCAGCUUGCAAAAGACCGGGAUGGUUCUUUGCCCAAUGAGUACUCGAAAUGGGCCGAUGGACUCGAACUGGAGAAUGCCACAGAGGUUCUGGAUGCGCUAAACCUGGUUUUCGACGGAUCAAGCGUUGCAGAACAAGACGAACCACAUCAUGUUGUCUCUACGUUCAAGGAUGUUGUUGAAUACGAAUGUGAACGGAUUGGAGCAGUGCUGGCACGAAAAGACGGCGUCGAGGCAAUAUAUCAAAUACUACGCGGUCAAAAGAGCAUCGAAUGCCGGUUUGAAGACGAUGUAUUUUAUUAUAAAAAGAAUGGGAGGUUCAUGCCCAUCUCAAUCACCAAACUACCGUCCAUAGUUUAG